CCCUCUAUUAUUAACUAUUUCUUUCAUCGUGACCUUCUUGGCUUUCUGGUCUGCCCCACUCCUCUCUCUCUCUCUCUCUCUCUCUCUCUCUCUCUCUCGAUCGAUGGCGGUUUCCAUGGACAGCUUCUCGAUUCGAGAGUACGCGGCGAGGAUGAGGAGCGUCGACUACGACAAGUGCUGGCCGUUCGCGGAUGAGAGAACCGGGCGGUCUUUACCCCCGAUUCCGACUCGGAGAUUUCGGUGGUGGGUCGAUGAGAUGCGGACAGCGCGAUCCGCCGGCGAGGCGGUCGAUCCGGUCGAAAGAGCUGCCGUGGGUAUCGUUGUUGAAACCCGGGACGGACCCGGGGUUGACUCUGCUGAUGACGGCCGCGGCCUGGAUGCAGGCGGCGAGGAGGCGUUGGCCUUGGAGGGGCAGAUGAAAGCUCCUCCUCCUUCCAUGGCAAAACAACGAACGCUCAAGAAGAGAUCUCUUCUCGAGCUCUUUGCGGUGGCCCCCAUGAUUCACGGUGUACAGGAACUAGACGGCUUGGAUGAUGGUGGAGGCAUAGAGCAAGGAGAAGAAGCAGCUGCCGCGAAGAGCGAUUGUGGGAUCGGCGAUGGAGGGGAUGUAUUAGAGCUGAUGAAGAGAAAGAAACGGGUCAAGGAAGGUAGGAAGAGGAGGGUGAGAGAACAGAUUGGGGCAAACAAAAAUUUGAAGGUCACGAGGAAGAUGAUGGCGAAAAAGAAGAAACUCAAGGUUGAGAUCCGCGCUGCUAAAAAGGGCAAGAAGUUCAAAAUGGCAUCUCCAAUUGAUACUUGCAAACUACUUAGAAACAAAGUGUAUAAACAGUUCGGAAAGAUGCAUAAAAAACAUGUUCAUAACCAGACGAAGCCAACAACAGUCAGAACUUUCCUAAAGAAUUACAUCUUUAGACUUGUUCAGUAUUCAAAAUUGGUUUCCAGAAACCAGGUGGUAGCAUGGGUGCCUCCUGCACAUACUCCUCUUAAGAAACAAAAAAGAAGUAUUUCUACGAAGAAGAGAAAGACAAUAGAAAGAGAAAAUAUGAAGUGCGAUGAUAUUGUAGAGCUAUGUUGCAAGUCAGCCAAGCGUUUGAGUUUUUCUGGUAAGGAUGGUGGAUCUGUGCUUGCCAAAAGAUGUUUGCCUUUACAGCUGCCUUACUUGCAAACUCUUUGCAAAAUAGUUUCUGAUGUCUUGGCUGCACCAACAGAUCUGGAGAAUUUGGAGAAAUGUCCAUCUGUCACUGAGGGAGCUCAGUUGAACUUGAAUGAUAGAACAGCUCAACUGAACUUGAAUGAUGGAGUUAUUGCAGGAAAUAUUGAGACAGGUGAAAUUUCCUUUGAAAAGCAACUCACUGGUUCUUAUGGUCAUGUAAAUAAUAAAGACUCUGCAGUCACAAAAAUGACACCUUUGGUUGGAUUUGACUUAAAUCAACCAGUGCUGGAUUGUGUUGAUUUAAACCAUGAUAGUCUGGAUGGAUCCACUUUGACACCUAGUCCCACGUACCUAGCUGAGCAUAAGGAUCCCAGUCUUGUGAACAAACAUGGCCUUGAUUCUGAUCCUGGAAACUGUCAGGAACAAAGUUUUUCUCUAACCUCAGAUGAUAUCUACAGUUUUCAUGAUUCUAUUAGACAGUCUGUUUCAGUUUCUAAUGCAAAAACUUCACAGUGCCAUUAUUUAAACCGAGACAAGCAGCAUUGGAUAUAUUGUUCAGACCAAAGGAUCAUGCAAUCCACUGAGGGUCAAACUCAUAUGAUGGACCCUAUGAAAUAUGUAUGUGAUGAAUUUCCUGAAUUUCAGCCAGUGCAUCAUCUACCAAAAGACAUGGUAAUUAGCACUUGUUCUUCAAUUAUAUCAAAGGCUGCUGUAGAAGCAUCACCAAAUGUGCGGCCUUUUUGGAGGGACACGUGCACAGAGGAAGGUUUCACUGGGUUGCCUCUUAAUUCACAGGGAGAGUUUAUCCAGUUGCAUCCUGGUAAUAGAGGGUUUCAUGAGGUAGAUAAGAUGCCAAAUUCUGCAUUGAAUUCUCUUCAGGUUCUUCCCUCUUCCAGUCAUUUUCAGCCCCAAUCUAACCAUGUUAGGACAAAUGACAAGUUUCCUUUUGCACCAAUUUACCAUGAGGAUGAUCAACAUUGGUUCUUGAAGCACUACUAUCCUGCAAGUAAAGUAGUGAUAUCUGACUGUUCUACUGAGUUGCAAGGUCUUGGAAAGGUGGAGCAUCAAUCCGAUGACAAAACUCAAUUUGACAGUUGCGAUUCUAGACAGAUGGAAAUUUGUUGUUGUGGGUGUACCGAUCACAUCGUAACAGGAAAUUGCUUUGAUAGGUUGAAUUCUCAUCCAGAGAGGGACUUGGAGCUAGGUGUUUGGCCUGCUAUCCAACCAACUAUGCGUCUGAUGGGUAAAAAUGUCACUGUUGGUAGCUACCACAAAGAAAACCAAGACUGUAAUGGAGGGAAAACCUAUACUGACAAGGAAACUAUGACUACCAGCUGCGACACCACAAGGGUGUAUGACAAACCCAUUUUGAAGAGACGGCAUGAUGAGGAAUGCAUUUUGCAAGCAGAAUCUAGGGCAUCAAGGGAAUUUCCUUACAAGUCAUUAGAGGUACCUUCAAACUAUUGUUGUAUAUCAGCAGAUAAACAUAUGUUUGAUUGGACACAUCAUGGUUUUAGAUCUCAUUGGUUAAUAAGUAAUGCGAACUCUCCCAGUGGUAAUUGUGGCUUUCAAAAUAUAAAUCCAAUUCCAUGCCAAUCUUUUCUUAGCAAAGCAUCAACUUCUGCAGCUCAUUGUUCCCCAGUAACUCAGUUUUUGGAUAUGGGACAGUUUAAAACAUUUGGGACAUCCCAUCCGCAAAAAAAAUGCCAGCAUAUGCUUCUAAAUUCAUCCCAAUGCAGACACAAUCAUAGUAUAUCUUACAACAUUCCAUCAACUUCCCACCCCCCAUAUGCUAAUCAAGUGCCUAUCCAAACAUCAAGAGGUCCUUUUUCACAAAAAAUUCCCCAUUGGCUGCUAAAUGCAACCAGUCAACAGCCACCUUUUAUCCCUUUUCACCCAGUUGCAGAGGAUCAGUCCUGCACCAUAGCAGAAAAUAGUGGUUCUCCUUAUGCUUCAUAUUCAAAGCACAUUACAACUUUCCCUUGUGGUAGUAGCAGCAUGUCUCAAACAUAUGAUUCGUAUGCUCCCAUGUCUGUAGUUUAUCCUUCAUCUGUUUCAGCCUUAACAACAGAUAACUUCAGUUCAAUGUCCUCAGAUUAUGGAUACAACAUCAAAGCUAAAGAUGGCAUGAGAUUUGACUUUUCUCAUGUUAAGAAUCAGAAUCAUUCUAAAAGAUGUAGAAAGCCUGCAGCCAAAGAUGAUAAGAUCAUUGAAAGAGUGAAAGGGCCUAACCUCAAACUUCAAGAAGACUUAAAUUCUCCUACAUCAGUUAUAAAAGAGCAGCUGCACGGAGGGAAACCAAAUAUUAUAGGAUCAUUAGAAAUCAGUGCUUGUGCAAACAGAAGAAUAGAUGUCCUUUCAGACGCAGAUCAUGAAACGGAUAUAGUCGUGGUUUCAGGUUUGUCAUUCCCCUUAAAAUCUGGUCACACAAGAUCACGACCUGUUAAACUUAGUGCAGGAGCAAGGCGUAUACUGAGGCCCAAUGAAAGCUUGGAUCAGGAUAAAUCUCAUCCAAUACACUCAACUGUACCUUCUACUCAAGGAACUAGUGCUGGCAAGGAUGAUGUUUCACAGGAGAAAGCAGCAAAGAUCUGUAAGUUUUAAAUUUAUAUCGACUACUCAAGAGACAAAGAGAUUUCGGGAUGAUGUCUGCAACUGUGUAUCAUGGAACCUACUUUUGCUAUGUCAGUAACCUGGAUAUGCUUUAUAGGAAAUUUUUUUUCUUAUGCCGUUUGCUUAUGAUGUGGAAGGAAAAUUUUUUAAUGAUCCCCCUUCUAAAUAUAGUCACGUGCAAUAGUGUGUGGAAAUAUUGGCUUUGUAUUUUCUUCGUUCUUGUUGACAUUGUAGAACUGUAUCGAUAGUUAACUUGUGUAUUUAUACUAAA